ACCUGAGUCGCACUCAAGCGAAGCAGACCCGGCUCUCUAUCACAUACGCCUCCAUGCAUGGACGACGGGGCCUCUGGGUAAUCAAUGGUGCUCAAAAAAAGAAAACUGAAGAGACCACCCACAUGUCAUCCUCAUCGGGAGGGAUUGUCCCCGGCGAAGUGAAUCCUCCAAAUCCACUUCACAACACCAGCAAGUACAAGGUUUAUGUGCAAGCCGUAGACAGAGCACUGAAGACGUUCGAGAACCCGAAUGAAUGGGCGGACUUGAUCUCAGCUCUCGCUAAGUUGACCAAGGUGUUUCAAUCUAAUGCAAAAUUUGGAGACAUUCCCAAGCCAGUUACUGUCGCCAAACGUCUGUCGCAAUGCCUCCAUCCUGCGCUACCUAUGGGAGUACACUUGAAAGCGCUGGAGACUUAUCGGCAAAUUUUCGAUAUACUUGGUCCCCAAGCAUUGCCGAAGCUGUUGUAUCUAUUUGCCGUUGGUUUGUUUCCUCUCAUGGAUCACUGUGGUAUAAAAGUGAAAACGGAGCUAUUCAACAUUUUUGAACAGUAUCUGUUACCGCUGGGUCAAAAUCUGCGGCCCGCUUUGCCAGGCUUUUUAGCUGGCGUUUUAUUAGGAUUAGAAGAGGGAACUGAGUUCUACGAAAGAUCUUUAUCCGUACUGGAUCGUGUAUGUGAAGGAGUUGGAGAACGAGACUUCUUCGCAUGUCUUUGGCAGGCAGUGCUUGGAUCGCCUUCGGUUCGACUACCUGCAAUGCUAUAUGUCAAUGCUAAAUUUGACAAAUCCCGUACAUUUGAUGAUCAGAUUGCAAUUGUUGGAGAUCACGUUGAUCACAUGGUUGCUGCUCUUUGUGCGGUUGCCAAUGAUUCUGGAUCUCCUUUGGUGCAACGCAAUUUGCUAGAUUUUUUGUGUGCAGCUUUUCCCUUGGAUAGUGGCAAUCUUACCAAUGAAGACUUUGUACAGUUGUUGAUGAGAUGUAUGUUUGUUGUACUUCGACGAGAUAUGUCUCUAAAUCGCCGCCUAUAUACUUGGCUUAUGAACCCUGCAGGAGGCAGUAUAGCCAUCAGCAGCAUUCCUAUCGACGAUGAAGGAGUUGAGUCGAAAUUCUUCAAUGAGCAUGCUCUCCCUCUCAUAGUAGAUGCUAUGACUGAAUAUUUAAAACUUGACGUUGUCGAGAUACCUCAAGUGUCAACAAAUGCUUGGGCCUAUGGCUGGGGCGACAAGAAGGAAGGCGAACAGCAUCAGUUUGCUGAAGUUCGAGUAUGUCGACUAUUGUUGUACUUACAAGACCGAGCAGAUAUUGGAGUACCGGUUUUGAAUAGAGUGUUUCCAUUGUUUCUGAUACGGGUUGCGGACAUAUACGAAUUAUUGACUCAAGGACAUAGUGAAGUGGAAGAAGUCACUCAAGAGAUUAACCUUGAUCGCAACAAUAUGCGUUUGCCGCUCGACUUGAAGAAAAGUCCUUCCACGUUCCGCAUAGGAACAGCGGACUCUAUAGUCGAGAAGGAAAAAGACAGGGAUCGGCGCAUCGGAGAAAUAACGAAGACGCUAAAUCUACUGCUUAAUUCGCUCGAACCAGGCUUUCUGUUUGACUUUUUGAGCAAAUGGUUUGCAAGCCUCAUUGAAAUGGAGAAGCCAUCUUCAGAGAAAAUUGCACAGUUUGCAAAAGUCGUCGAUUUUUGUUUGAAGACUUGCAAUCUUGAUGGGGAUCCAGAUUUGCGCGCUAAAUUUCUGCCGCACUUGUUAUAUUCAAUUUUAAAUAAAUUCCACGACGAUGAGAAGCUUGUUUUGAUCGAAAUAGAUGCAUUACUGCAGAUUACGAGUGUCUGCAGCAAUUUACUGGAGGAAAUAUCGCAAAGCAGUAGUGUGGAAGCAAAAAUGCCCAAUGGAGAUGUUUCGGAAACAUCCUCGAAUUCUAGUCCUAGGAAGGUUGUCAACAUCAACACUGUAGUGUCUGACGCUAUCGAGAAAGAGCAAGAGCUUAUGGAGUCUUGUGUGAACGAAUGUCUUCUGCUGCUGGCUAGCGUUUGCCGUGUGUACGUUGCUAGACGAACAUCCAUGCGAUUUCCACUCCUCAUUGAUGUGUGCAAGCUUACAUCGCAGUUCCUCGACUAUCCCCUCUACUGUUUCCUGUUCGAUCAUCAGGAUGAUGAGGAAGUACCUGAUUGGCUUCUGGAUGUGCUGAAGGUCAUUGAUGCCGAGACUUGGAUACAAGAAAUGAGUUCUUCCCAGCAGACAAUGGACACAACUGAUCUAUCUGCGAGGACCGCGGUAUUAGACUUGGUUCUUUCCAUAUAUACAAAAUGUGCUUCUGUGUUGUCUCAACAUGAGGCAAUCCGUGGGAGGAUGGCGGAGUGUCAAGCUGCUAUGAUCGAAUCCGAAGGCAAUCCAACCACUGUUCUGCUGAAGCCGUUACUUUUUGCGACGCAGUUAAAUAAGCUUGAAAGAGAUGGAAUAUUUGAGAACUGCGGAUACGCUGUAUGGCAUGGACUUGGUCUGCCUUGGUGUACAUAUGAACAUGCAAGAAUGUCACGUUUGAUGGCCAUUUUACAUUCGAGGAAGCCUAACGAGCCGAGCAGCGAUAUGGAAAACAUCAUCGUUUCAGCUCUUACUAGCAAUGAUCCGAUGAUAAGUUCGGAAGCUGCUCAGACAUUUCAUCGGAUGUGGAUGCUGACACGCACUGGUGAUGAUCAACCAUCUCUGUGUACAAAACCGUUCAAUCGAGCCGUCAUGCUUCUAUUAGGUGUCUUGGCGGAUGAGUCCGUAUCGCGAGCGCGUUCUGAAUUGAAGAGUAGCGCAGCUGCGUGGUUCAUCGACUGUGCAAAGCACAAUGAUCUACCAAGAAUUGUACAGAUGUUAUCUACUAUGUUGAUGAAUCCCGUCACUGCUCGAAUUUCUAUUCAGUACAUCUACCAAGAAUCGAGAUUGUCUCAUGAUCAGUUCCAAUCGUUGCCGAACGACGUUUCCGUUGUGACACUUGUCACUUCAGAUGGUAAACAACGCCUAUAUCAUUUUGAUGGACCGGUCACUGAAGGGCCAUGGCAACACGAACUGAAAAGCCGAUUGCUGCUCUCCUCCGAGACAGGUGCGGAAGCUGAAACGGGUGUGUCCAACUGUAACGCUGGCGCUGGAGACUUCCCAAAUUUUGAUGAGGACACCGAUUCUCUCGACACAUUAUCGAUCUCUUUGGACGGAGUUGACAGUGUUGUCUUUGAGACUAUGCAGUAUUUGAUUGAUUGUGUGGUGGAAGAAGAAGAAAGCGAGUUAGAUAACCAACAGCACCUAGAAUCUGCUCUCGCUGUCGCACCACCUGAGGGAGGACGUGUGAUCUUUAGAGCUGACGAUGAGUCUGGAGCUGAAAGCUCAACGGCUACCACAACUCCAAGACCUCGGAAUGAAAGUGGAGAACGCCCCCUGCCAGUCGGCGAUAGCGUAGCAAGGUUCAAGAAGGGGCAUCGGCGACAGGAUUCACUGCAAGAGAGCAUUUUCAGUAUGACAGAAAAGGAAUUGAAAACAUUCGACGCGACCGAGUUGCUGCGCCCAUCAAUUGAAUCUUCUUCUGAAGGAGUGAGCUUGUUCCAUGAGUUGCAUGUGCAUAUGCUUUUGUACGGAGAAAGCGGACGAGUCGUGGAUCUCGGUAGAGCAGAAACAGCCUUCAGGAUUUUGACAGCAUUGUUAUGCCCUCGAGGCUCUCAUGUUUCCAAUCGCAUGCUGCUCGGAUGUCUUGUAUCAUCGGGUACCGCGGCUCUUAAUGGUGAUAGCAAUGGUUUAACUACACCGUUAUCGGGAUCUCUUGUGGAUCUCAUGGCUAAGCAUGUUCGAGCUAUUCUCGGACAACAUUUCUGGGGAGUGACCGGCGAGGAAGAUGCGACAAAACACAGACAUCUCACACUUUUAGAGCUUCUGAUAACUAUCUCUCUUCAUUUUCUGCGAUCAUUUUUCCUAAACUCGCCGAUUUGCCCUGUCACAGAGGCUGAUCUAGUCAUGGCAUGGAAGUGCAAGAUUGCCUCCCUUGACUUCCUCACCGAGUUGCUUAGCGAGCUAUGUGGCAUGGUUUGCGACCAACAGUCGCGGCCGUUCGUGGUGUUUGUGCAGUCCGUUUUGUCGCGGUCAAAGUUGCAGAAAUGCCUACUGCAUUUGCUGUUGACGGCCGUUCACGAUCCUCGAGCUAGUGCGGAACCUGGACAAAUAUUACCCUUGUCUGUGUCGAUAUUCGAGUUUAAUGAGGGUGGAUCGCCCACAUCCAAAAGACGUCUGGCUGGCCUACUGUCCGCGUACAAUCGCUCCUUGUUGAGUGUGACUGCUCAGGCAAUCAGGCUGGAGAGUGAGAUCAAAAACGGAUAUUCAGCUUUUGGAGACAUGAACACUUCCGGUGCGAUGUUGAAUCGACUUGCUGUAGCUCAACAAAUUUACAACACUCCUGCUCAUCGUGGCACUCUGAGGGAAUCGACACCGUCUCUAGUGGAACUGCGUGCUUUCUUAUUGAUAGUACUUAAUGCUCUUAAGAAAAAACCCGAGCAACAUGAAAUGUGGUUCCAAUUUGUAAUCCAAAUUUUGCCCUGGAUGGAAAGAUCUCUGGCAACUGUGAUGGUGCGUGUUGUGGAGCAACUGUGUAAAAACAUAGAGACUGCUAUGCAUGUCUCUUACCUGAACGUGGGGAAGGCUAUGGACAGUUUCAGCUCGAGGGAAGAUGUGCAAGCGUAUCCUGCUUGUUUUAUUACGAUGACAUUAGAGACUAUUACCACCUUAGUUCACUUUUGUUUGAUUGAUGCACCUACUGCUGCUUCUUCUGCUCCAGCGACCACACCACCUCCAGUAACACCAGCAGCUGGCGGAGGCAGUGUAGUUGGACAGGCGAUGGCCGUGAUACCUGGCACCAAAGGCGCGACUGAACUUUUUUCUAAUCUUGUGAAAGUAUUCAGCUUCAGCGAUUCAACAUCGGGAACUGGUGUGAAUAUGUCUAAAUUGGAAGGCUCGCGAGGAAGCGUUGCAUUGCGACAAGCUCGAAAUGAUAUGCUGACCUCACUACCACACGCUCUUGCCACUAUCUGUGAUCUAUGGACCGUGAUAAGAAGUAAAGAGGAACCACAUCUACCACUCGGCUCACCACAACACCUUCGACAACUAGUCCUUGACCUUCUAUCACCGAUUGCUCAGCAUCACCAACAAGCUUUUCUCACGGCUCUUUCUUUGGUGUGGUUGACUCGUUCUGGGACGGGCAUAACGGCUUCCAGAAAGUCAGAUCCUGAUCAUCCCAACUUCCAAUACACAUCUUCUCAGCAUGAUAUUGCGAAUCUGCUUUUGAGCUUGAAGGUGAUCUCAUUUGAAGAGCUUGUAACUGCUGUCAAUGAAACUUUGAAAGAGGCAGGUGUGAAAGCUUCCAAAGUUGGAGUAGCAGACAAAGCUGCGUUCCCGACAGAAGCACCCCUUCUUGAGUUGCUGCAUGGUUGUGUGAAGGCUCUUCCCACAGCUCAAUUACAGUCUUGUUGGCUACCUUUUCAAUCUCUGUUUGCGGAUGCACCGUUGGCCAGCCUUCCUCCACGCGCAGUCUUUUUACUGUUUAUAAUUUUGUGCGACUAUGUGCGAUGCGCUGGCGCUUCGUACAUUGUCGAGGACAAGACGAUGUCUCGCGCUGUUCAAGAUGCAGUGCAACGACUCACUGAAGCUGUCAAUGCUGUUGUCGGUUGGCAGUUGGAAACAACCACAUGGUUGAAGAGGACUCUCGUAGUCAAACACGACCAAAGUACUCGUUCUCAAGAUGCUAGCCCAUCAAUCGAACUGAAUACGCCUCUCAAUACACCGCUGCCUUCUUUAAAUCAAUCGGAACAGAAUUCUAUGCGUGGAUCUACAUUGUCUUUGAUGACACGACCUUCUUCUCUGGAUGCUGGUACUAGUGCGGGCUCAUUGGUUGAGAAAAAGAGCGGUUCUAAUCUCCGUAGCUCUGUGAAGGACACAAAUAACAAUAAGCGUGAUCCAUCUCACAGCACACAAGCCCUGUUUCUUUUGGCAGAGAACUUGGCUGAGUUGGUGGAUUCCGUUUGCAAGAGCGAUGACAAAGAAAGACUCUUGCCGACACUUCACGCCGUCUGGGGGAACGUCGUUCCUUACUUAAAAGCCAAGAAUGCUCGAAAUUCGAGAUUUUUCUUGGCUUCAUCGCAGUUGUUGGCAUCCAUGAGCUCGUUUAGUUACAUGCGUCCAGUCUGGAAGAAGACUACGCUUGAACUCCUACUUGACUCAUCGUUCUUCAAAAUGGAUAUGCAUUCUUUGAAGCAGUGGUUGAUAGUGACUGAUCACUUGAUGACGCAUGACAAAACAUCGUUCAAGGACUUACUCAAGAGUAUUGCAUAUACGCCAAAUGCCUCCUUCAGUAUCAUGACGUCGAAAGAACAGGAAUACGAAGCUAGAGCGCAAGCGGUGAAACGACUCGCAUUUGUCGUACUUGGUUCGGAGCUCGAUCAGUACCAAGCGCAAAUGAAUGAUAUCCAAGAGCGACUCUCGGAAAAUCUGCGAGUAUCACAGUCACCGUCCAUUCGAUCUGCAGUGUUUCUCUGUAUUCGGGUAUUGCUUUUGCGGUUAAGACCACCGAGCCUAAUUGGCAUAUGGCCUAUCAUGGUGACAGAACUGGUCCACGUUCUUCUCCAAAUGGAGCAGCAGUUGUGUGCUGAGGGUAACGGAAUAGAAGAUCUCGGUUGCGCUAGAGAUGAUGCUUGGAUGCAACUAUAUCUCGCCGCCUGUAAACUGUUAGAAACUUUGUGUACCUUGCCUGCGGGGUAUCUAGCUCAGUUCCAAAUGUGUCAUUGGGCUUUCGUCAACUCUGUUUCUACCAGUAAGGCUGACUUAUUUCUUCCAUUUGCUGGAAGGCUGAAUAAAUUACUUCGUAAUAAGUUCGGGAAGUUGACUGCAGAAGAAUUGUCAAGUUUGUCACCAUCAUUGUGCGGAAUGAAAAUGUUGACGAGCUUCGAAGAACUUCGGCCAUUCUUCUAUGCCCUUGCAACACAGAACAAGGCUUUGCCGGGAACCCAGGGUGCCGGGACCGAGUUUUCCUUCCUUACGGGUUCACUUUCGUAUAAGAACGCCGUGCAACGGCUGGAACACGCUCUCUGCGUGGACUUUGCGGAGCACUGGCAGCUGUAACUGCCGAUAUACUUUCCAGUAAUCAUGAAUGCUGUGAUGCUUUCUAGUUUUUUAUUGCCCGAAUAGUACAUUCCUCUGAAAUAGCUCUAGGUCACAGUGUCAGAGCGUUGCAAACAAAGCUAGUCGCUUAACAUAUAUUUUCUUCUUGUAUCAAACGGACAUCGGUGAUCAUUGGGCAUAUAAUUCAACCAUUAUCAUUUUCCUGUUAUUGGUAUCUCAGUUGUGAUCAAUAGGUAGCGUGUAUCAUACUUGUAAUAUUACUCAUAGAGCUUCCCGCAUCAACAUUCUUUCAAUCUUAAUCCACGCACUGUAAUACAUGCCUAAGUUUUCAUCUAUCGUGUCACUCCCACUGUUCAUUGUUCACUCGUCUGUAUGUAUAAUUUUCUCUACUCGUGUACUUGUUUUUUUUUCUAUUACGGGAUGUGUAGAUGACAUGCUGUGAGCAGAUGCUUACUAGCUCUUGACUGGAUCUGUAAUUAUUUAAGAGCCAAAAACUCUUAGCGUUUAGUUUUGACAAAAGGUUUUGCAUGCAGUGAUUACUUACAACGCGAACAAUGUGAUAUUUUUUAUUUGCGUUGCAUAAAUACUUUCUAAGCUA